UGCAGAAGAAACGCGAAAGAUGCCACAGCUGGCUUUCUUCAUUAAGCUGCUGUUGGUGUACUACACGACCCAGAGAGCGGCAGGAAUUCAAGCCGUCUGCGGUGGAGACGCUUCACUCCCGUGUCUCUAUGAAGACAUUGAAAGCAUCGCCUUCAUCUCUGUGGCGUGGUACAAGCUCAACAACCAGAGCAAAAAUGGAAUUCUCAGGAGGAAAAAAAGGGAAAAUGUAACGUCGGCCUACAGGUUUGCCCGUCCGGCAGCCUUCGGGGACAAAUACAGUUUGAUGCUUCGCAACGUGACGCCCGAAGACUCAGGCAAAUACGACUGUUCCCUCAGUGCAGAUAUAGGGGGAACAAACCGGAAUUCUCUAGUCGACCUAACGGUUCAAGAUUGUGUGACUCCUACGACUUGGUCCCCUCCCCCCAGUGAACCAGUAAAGGAGCUGCCCAUCCUGUGGAGCAUUCUGGGAUAUGUGACAGUGGGCCUUGUCAAAGUCGUUUUAUCCAUAAUCUGCAUUUGGGUGAUUAGUGUCAUCACUUCGAGACGAUCGAAACGUAGGGAAAGGAGAGGAUUCCUCUGAUUGGACACUUCCAGAGAUUGUAUAAAUACACAGAAAAAUCCUCUAAAAAAGAAAUUAGAAGGUAUUUCAUUUGUUUAUUCGCUGUAUUUUACUUGCUUCCACAAAGUGUUUUUUUCUGUUCUCGUUUUAUAACAGACAUGAGAGGAUGUGAGAGGAUGAACCUAAACCACACACAGAAAACAUAUGUAAAUUGGAACUUGACGUUUUCCACUUUUUAAAAUAAACUCUUGGGUUUAAGUUAAAAAUGUUUAUCAAUUAAA